AUGAUUGCUCGAGCGAAUGCCCACCUGCCCUUAAGGGCGCUGCUUCCGGUCUUUGGUCGUCAAGCGCGGAGUCAAGUCAAGAGCGUUACAAGCCUAGCAUCCUCGGCAUACUCAGCAGAUGACACGGCGCCAUCGGUCAGAAUCAACUCCGCCUCAACCGCAGGGGCGUCAACACCAAAGCUGGGCACAGCCUCCACUCCUUGCUUGAGCCCUCACGAUCGCCUACUGCUGUCUCAAAUGCUAAGGGUCGACCAUGCUGGAGAGGUAGCAGCGAACACAAUCUACGAAGCGCAAGCUGAUGUAUUCAGAAGGCUCGGAGAUUCCCAGACGGAGCAACUCAUGCUCGUGAGUAAUUGUUGACCCGCACCUUGGUCCGCAAGGAGGUCUUACCGAUCCAUGCCACACCUUUCCCUGCAGGAAAUGUGGUCCACCGAAAAGAAGCACUUGCGAGUGGUGACGGACAUUUUGCGACAACACCGAGUCACCCCUUCCAAGCUUUUGCCAGUAUGGAGUGCUGCAGGAAGUCUGCUCGGUGGUGUGACUGCUCUGCUAGGAAAGGAAGCGGCAAUGGCUUGCACGGAAGCUGUGGAGACAGUCAUUGGGGAGCACUACGACGAGUAAGUAGAAUUGCAUUCGUUGUUACCAGUCCAGGAAGGCGCGAUGUCAACUUUUUUUGAGCCAAAGGGCCUGGUUUUGACUUUACGCAUUACACACUCACAGUCAGCUGGAUCAUCUGUCGAGUCUGGUGAAUCAGAAUGAUGCCAGCAGUCGAGACGCAGGCUUUCCACACGAAGGCGUAGACCCGUCUCUGCCACUUCUUUCCUCAGUCAUCAAGGAGUUUCGUGACGAUGAGCUGGAGCAUCUCGAUACUGCAGUAGAGAACGACGCGCAGCAAGCUCCCGCCCAUGCUCUGCUCAGCGCUGUAGUUGGUUGGGGAUGCAGAGCGGCCAUACAGGUUGCUGGUCGAUAUUGA